CCGCAGUCCUGCUGGAGGCGCGUAGUCGAGAUCGUUUCGAGCUCGUUUUUGUCGCUGCUCUGCAACCACUGAAUUAGCGAGGUUAAAGCUGGAAUGUCCAAGUUGCAUGCUCACUUAGAGCUUGGAACCGGAUUCUUAUGCUGACUUUUGCCGGUCUCCAAGGGAUCCAGAUAUGGUGAAGCCGACUGUUAAGGCGAAACGAAGUGACAAACAGAAGUCGGAGCCGUCAAAGGGACAGACCCGCAUUUCUAGCUUCUUUGGCCGAAAUGCCCAGAAUGAGGAGAAUCGCUGUCUCCCUGAGACACCUCCCAAGCCAAUCACGUUUGAGAAGCCUCAAGAAAUGAGCCCUGAUCUGUUUGCUUCAGUCUCAAAUACACCCCAAGAACCUUUGCAAUGGUCUCCUGAUUUUGCUGCUGAAACCCCCACGAGAGCCAAUACCAAGAAUGAUUGUGAUCCUGAGCUAGUCUCAAUCAAACCUCAACCGAUGAGACUAAUGAAAAGGCCUGCAACAAAGGGCACUGGCAUUUCCCCAAAUCCUAAGAAGGAGGUCAGCAACUCCAAGUUCACCAUGAGGAAUGUGGAAGUGAGCCAUGUGCGGCGGUGCCUGACCCCCAAAAAGGAAGACAGAAAGAUGCUUCUGAAGGAGCUAGAGGCACAGUUUAUUCCAGAGACAACAGGAAAAUCCUUAGGAGACUGGUUUCCGAAGGAGGAGGAAACUGACAAUGACCUACUUGAAGAGUUUCUUAACAUGUCCCCUUUCAAGGAUGUCACGAAUAACAGGCGAGAUCUCAGCAGCAAGAAAGCAUCAGAAAUAGAGAAACGUUUGCCACAGAAGUAUCACAGAUGUACCGUGGUUGAAGUGGAUCGAUCUGAGUACCCAAAGUCUGUUCGUCUGCUUCUGAGACCAGAAAAUGAGACACAGCUCCAGGUCUGCAUCUUGAGGAGCUUCUGGAUGGAAACUCCCCUAAAGGAAGGGGACACAGUGAACGUGGAAUGCCAAGAUACAGAGGAGUGGGUCAUUGAUGGGACUCAGGGCCUCUUGGUCCUCCAUCCAGACUGUCUGAUGUCCGGCACAUCGGUCGUUGCAGGCGUCUUCUGUCGGCGGAAAGCCGUCUUGAAUGAGCUCUUCAAGGGAUAUGACCCUCCUAACAAGCAUAUGGUCAUUGGCUCUCUUCUUCACCAAGUCUUUCAGAAGGCCAUGAAGGAGAGAGUGAGUGAUGAGAACAUGCUGAGGAGAAGCAUCGAAGAGGCAGUGAAGGAACCCGACAUCCUAUCUCAACUGUAUGCCAUCUCCUACUCUGUGAGCACAUUGAUGGAGGAAGCUGAGGCUUACAUCCAACCCAUGUCCAAGUGGAUCCAGAAGCAUUGCCGUCCAAAUGACACACUACAGGUGCUGGAGGUGCAGGACAUUGAGGAAAACAUCUGGAGUCCCCGCUUUGGGGUGAAGGGGAAGGUUGAUCUUACGGUUGAAGUUAAAAUCCAUGGCAAGAAGAAGGUGUUGCCAUUGGAGCUGAAGACAGGGAAGGCAUCAUUCUCAGCAGAACACAAAGGUCAGGUGACGCUGUAUUCCAUGAUGAUGGCUGAACGACGCAAUGAUCCUGAAGGAGGAAUUCUCCUCUAUCUGAAGGAUGGGUCAAUGGAGAUGGUGAGUGGUGGGGAAAAGGAGAAGCAAGGCCUAAUGCAGCUGCGGAAUGACCUUGCAUCCCAUCUGAACCAGAAGCCCAUAGUUGAUGGGGAGGGAUCCCAUCACACACUGCCGACUCUGCCUCCAGUCAUCAGCCACCCACGGGCAUGCCCGUCUUGCCCCCAGCUUCUCCCCUGUUCCAUCUAUCAGCAAUCUGUGGAGAAAUUCAUUCCAGCACCCCCUCAUCCUAUGUCUGACCUGGUGCCCCAAGCCAUAGGUCACUUGAAACCAGAAGACUUUGCUUUUGCCACAAGGUGGUUCCUCCUGUGUGCUCUCGAGGAUCAGGCCGAACGGGAUUCCUCCCAGAUGCACUCCUUGUGGAUGCCUCAUUGCUCCAAGGAGAAGGAGGGACCAGGCCUCCAGAAUCUGAGUCUCAAGUCUUCAAAGCCAAGUUCCUUGCUCAGCCACAUUCACGUGUUUGAGUCGCAAAUGUCUCUUGAGACCGUGGAUCAGGUUUCUGUUGGAGAUGGUGUCAUUGUCAGCACUCAGGAUGGCAUGUUUCUGGCCGUCUCCAUGGGGACAAUCACGGAUCUCUUGCCGCACUCCAUCGUCAUCAAUCUCGACAAAGACCUAUUAGCUCUGAAGGAGCUGAACGGAAAGCAAUUUCGAGCAGAUAAGCAGGAGUUCCUGGGCUCCACAAGGGGGAUCUGUCUGUCAAAUCUUAUGCGCCUCAUGGAGAAUGACCCAGUUUCCACCAAUCUCAGACAAUUCAUCAUCCACAAGUAUGCAUUAUUCUGUUUCAUCUUGAUGGGAAAUUCUAUGAGGUCGAGGAAAGGGAAGGGGUUGAAGAAGGAAAUCGCCACAAAGUGUCGGGACCUGCUCCGGGGCCUGAACGAGCCGCAGCAGAGGGCUGUCCUCCAUUCCCUCCUGGUGGAGGACUUUCUGCUCAUUAAGGGAAUGCCUGGCACAGGGAAGACGUGGACGAUCGUGACGCUGGUGAACGUGUGCGUGCGCCUGGGCCAGACCGUCCUCUUGACGAGCUACACGCACUCGGCGGUGGACAACAUCCUCCUGAAGCUCCUCGGCUCGGUGGAGUUCCUGCGGCUGGGGCGGGCGUCCCGCGUGCACCCCCAGGUCCUCCCGCACUCCGAGGCCGUUCUCGCGUCCUCGUUGUCCACGCUCGAGGAACUCGAGCGCCUCUACAUGUCCAAGCCCGUGGUGGCGACGACCUGCCUGGGCGUCCGGCACCCGCUGCUCACGCGCCGCACCUUCGACGUGUGCAUCGUGGACGAGGCGGCGCAGACACUGGAGCUGGCGGCGCUGGGCCCGCUCUUCAGUGCCCGGAAGUUCGUUCUCGUGGGGGACUCGGACCAGCUGCCGCCGGUGGUCAAGUCCCACCAGGCGCGGUGA